AUGGCUUGGCUCGCCGGCUCGUAUACAUACCUAUCGUCCCCUCUGACGUUGUCCCUCGUCUGCCGGGGCUGGGGCUCUUGCAAACCCUUCGACAUUGUGCCGCCACCUGAUGUCUGUGUCUGCUUCGCGGGAACCUGGUCUGGCCUUUUAAUGUACUCGUACUGGCCCGUUGCCGCUGCUCACUCUGCUUCAUCUCCUGCCCAUUGGUUGACGACUGCCCGGCCGAGACCAAUCACAACCCCAAGCUGGCCUCCAAACACGACUCCAGGAGCCGUUGUCUACUUGGGUCAUCCCCAGACACAGACACCUCCAGAACGCUUCCGUUUCUUCUCUCCUCCUCCUCCUCCUCCUCCGCCUGCCCUCAUCUGGUUCCCUCUGCUACCUGCCCCGAACUGGGCUGCCGAAUACCAGUUCAGAGGCGCAGGCACUCAGCCGGCCAGCUCCAGCUCGCACGCAUUCUCAUCUUCGCCAAACGUCUCGCCGACUCGAGAGAGCUUACCUGGAGUCACCCGCCGGCCCAACGCGAGCCCGGACCUAGACGAGGACCCGACUGCCGUGUGA